UCUCUCCCCCAUUCAAUAAUAUAAACCUGUUUUACUCGUUUUCUGGGACUCUCUCUCUCGCCUUUUGGAACCAUCCCAGAACCAAUCCUGGGCUUUCCAUCUGCUUUUCUUCUUCUCCUUCGCUUAUAAGUUUCUCAAAGUCUGUCUGUGAGCUCACCAUCACGGGUUCUUUGUUUUUCUUCUUAUUACUCGGCUUCUGAUCUCAAGUACUCUGUGGCUCUGAAACAAGGUGCCCUACUGACAAGUCCGGCAAGUAGCUUCUUAUAUAAUUUUCACUUAUCUCUUGCCAGUUCUAAACAUACAUAUCAUGAGUAAUCUCAAACUAGGGGUUGAAGUUGUGAGUGCUCAUGACCUUAUGGCCAAAGAUGGGCAGGGCUCAUCUGAUACUUUUGUGGAACUCCACUUUGAUGGACAAAGAUUCCGUACCGCUACUAAAGAAAAAGACCUGAAUCCUGUUUGGAACGAACAGUUUUACUUCAAUGUCUCUGACCCAAACAUCCUAUCUAACCUCACCCUUGAUGCCUAUAUCUAUAACCUUAAUAAAGCCAACAACUCAAAAUCCUUCCUUGGUAAGGUUCGUCUCACUGGGACAUCAUUUGUGCCAUAUUCUGAUGCUGUUGUUUUGCACUACCCUCUUGAAAAACGUGGUUUUUUAUCACGCGUAAAAGGGGAGCUUGGUCUGAAAGUCUUUGUCACCGAUGAUCCUUCUAUAAAAUCCUCAAACCCACUCCCUGCAAUGGAAUCCUCUCUGCCUACAGGAUCAGAUUCAAUCCAAAGUCAAGAACCAGUAGAACAGGUUCAAAAAUUUCUCCCAAGCUUUUUCACUAAUGAAAAGUCCCGGUCAAGACAAACAUUCCACCACCUUCCUAACGCCAGUCCUGCAAAACCACUGCAGCAUAACAUUCCCUCGAUGGCAACCCAGUCAACUGUAAACUAUGGGAUGCAAGAGAUGAAAUCUGAACCACAGGCCCCAAAAGUUUUUCAGAUGUACUCGGGUUCAUCAUCGCAAUCAGCUGAUUAUACAGUUAGAGAGACGAGUCCUUACCUUGGAGGGGGACGAAUUGUUCAUGGUCGAGUGAUACCUGGAGACAGGCCAGUUAGCACAUAUGAUCUCGUUGAACAGAUGCGGUACCUUUUUGUACGUGUUGUGAAAGCUCGUGAUCUUCCUUCAAAAGAUGUGACUGGUAGCCUUGACCCUUAUGUUGAAGUAAAAGUUGGGAACUUCAAAGGAAUUACAAAGUACUUUGAGAAAAAACAAAACCCUGAGUGGAAUGAGGUGUUUGCCUUUGCAAAGGACAAUAUACAGUCAACUUUUCUGGAAGUUGUAGUAAAGGAUAAGGAUACACUAAAAGAUGACUUUGUUGGGCUUAUGCGGUUUGAUCUCCGUGAAGUGCCUACACGGGUUCCACCUGAUAGUCCUUUGGCUCCAGAAUGGUAUAGGCUUGAAGACAAGAAAGGGGAGAGGGUGAAAGGAGAGCUAAUGCUUGCUGUCUGGUAUGGCACACAAGCUGAUGAGGCUUUUCCUGAUGCUUGGCACUCGGAUACAUAUACUCCCAAUGAUAGCGCUUCAACUAUCUCCUCACAUACCCGCUCAAAAGUUUACCAUUCACCCAGAUUAUGGUAUGUCCGUCUUAAUAUAAUUGAGGCACAAGACUUGGUUGCAUCUGACAAGUCUCGUUUUCCAGAUGCAUAUGUUAAGGUCCAGAUUGGUAACCAGCAGACAAAGACAAAACCAAUUCAAGUGCGAAGUCUUAAUGCAGUCUGGAAGGAGGAGUUCUUGCUUGUUGCUUCUGAGCCUUUUGAAGAACUUCUGGUCCUUUCAGUUGAAGAUCGAGUUAGUCCCACCAAAGAGGAGACCAUUGGGAAGGUUGUUAUACCUUUAAGUAUAGUUGAGAGGCGUGCUGAUGAUCGAAUCAUCCGAAGCCGGUGGUUCAACAUUGAGAAGUCUGUGUCAGCUGCCAUGGAUGCGGAUCAGGGAAAGAAAGACAAGUUCUCUAGUAAACUACAUCUCAGUGUAUGUCUCGAUGGAGGUUACCAUGUGCUUGAUGAGCCUGCUCACUACAGUAGUGACCUCCGUCCUACAGCAAAGCAGCUCUGGAAGCCUUCAAUUGGUGUCUUGGAACUCGGCAUUCUGAAUGCUGAUGGGCUCCACCCAAUCAAAACAAGGGGAGAGAAAGGUACAGCAGACACGUAUUGUGUAGCAAAGUAUGGUCACAAAUGGGUUCGAACUCGAACAAUAAUGAACAGCUUGAGUCCAAAGUACAAUGAACAGUACACUUGGGAGGUUUACGAUCCAGCUACGGUUAUUACAGUUGGGGUUUUCGAUGACAGCCACGUUGGUGGUUCAAAUGAUAAAAGAGACUUAAAAGUUGGCAAAGUUCGCAUUCGAAUUUCUACUCUUGAGACUGGCCGAGUUUACACCCACUCUUAUCCAUUGCUAGUCCUGCAUCCUUCCGGUGUCAAAAAAAUGGGUGAAUUACAUCUGGCAAUACGGUUCUCGUGCACGUCACUGAUGAACAUGAUGAUGAUAUACUCUCGACCUGUUCUGCCGAAGAUGCACUACAUAAGGCCUCUGAGUGUGAUGCAGCAGGACUUGUUGCGCUACCAGGCUGUAAGCAUAGUGGCAGCAAGGCUUGGUCGAGCAGAACCCCCGCUUAGGAGGGAGGUAGUUGAGUACAUGUCUGAUGCAAACUUUCAUCUUUGGAGCAUGAGGCGUAGCAAGGCAAACUUUUUCCGGGUGAUGUCGGUUUUCUCAGGAUUACUGGCGGUUGGAAAGUGGUUUGGGGAUGUAUGCAUGUGGAAGAACCCCAUAACAGCAGUACUAGUACAUGUUCUCUUUGUCAUGCUCGUGUGUUUUCCAGAGCUGAUUCUACCAACAGUUUUUCUAUACUUGGUCGUUAUAGGAUUUUGGAAUUUGAGGUUCCGCCCAAAAACUCCUCCUCAUAUGAAUACAAGAAUCUCUUAUGCAGAUUCAGUACACCCUGAUGAGCUUGAUGAAGAAUUUGAUACAUUUCCAACACAACGGGCUCCUGACAUAGUUCGAGUAAGAUAUGAUCGGUUAAGGAUUGUGGCUGGGAAAAUUCAGAAUGUUGUGGGGGACGUGGCUUCCCAGCUAGAGCGAGUCCAGGCACUCCUAAGCUGGCGGGAUACUCGUGCCACCAUUAUAUUUGUGAUCUUCUGUUUUGUUUCUGCCAUUGUAUUGUAUGUGACACCUUUCCAGGUGAUUGUUCUUCUGGCCGGGUUUUACUUCAUGAGACACCCCAGGUUUCGGCGUAGGAUCCCGGGAGCACCACUUAAUUUCUUCCGCCGGCUGCCAGCCAGGACAGAUAUCAUGUUGUAGGCUCGAUAUUGUAUCAAAAUAUUCUCCUUUCAGCGCGUAAGUGUUUUGGAUGUGUUUUGCAGUGAUUGUAAAUGUUUUGUCCAUCUCUAGUUUCUGUUGCUUAUGUUUUCCUGUCAUGUAAGUUGAUACAAAUGAAUGCAAAGCUAUAAUAUCCAUUGUAGUUUUGUAUAAACUACUGUUAGUUUAUUUCUGAGUUUGAAUAAAUUCUUGGUCUGAAUGUCUUUUUAGAUUAAUUCCUAGAGGUUGGCCAAGUUGUAA